CCACUUUGCCUGACUUCGCGGUCGGAGUGAAGGUUGCAGCAGCAUGUCUAAGAUUUCCUUCCGGGGGGCUACUUCUUUCUCCCCUCCUACGCCGGCAAGCAAAAAGUCAACUAUCUGAGCUUCCGCUUUCCACUCUCAACAUGUCUUCAUCUACUUCCUCUUCGCCGAGCACAUCAAGAUUCGGCGUCGAACUCGCUGACGGUGCACUCCGAAUAUUGAGAUACCCAUUUUUGCAGCGCGCGGAGUUUGCUACAUGGGGCUUGCUUCACCAUCUCCUACCACACCACACUAAAAUACCAUGCUCUUGGAAGUCCAUACAACGAAUCCUAAAUAGAAGCGGUCUAGCUACGAAGUAUUACUCCAACACAUCAAAACCCACCCAUCACCCUCCACAAAGACACUCGAUUCAUAUCAUCACUCCACAACACCUCCCCCUCCCGCCCUUGCGAAACCAGCACAACCCACACCACACAACCUACAACCCCGGCACCCCCUCGCAAAAGCACUCAACUCCACAAAACGCACACACCCAAUCAUCCCUGCCCCUAAUCCUCGUCCGCAGGCGAUCACUCCGCGCCGUCUUAUCCGCAUCCACACCACCAAGUGCGACAGCCUUAUUGCGCAGCCGCACAUACUCAGCAUUUACGUGCGGCGCGAGGUAGUGCGCGGGUACAUAGAGCGCAGGGGGAUACAGUAGCGUGGGCACGAGCGCUAACGGCGCGGGCGGACGUGGAGUGCUGUGCUGCAUUGGCUGGGUUGGGGUUCUUUUUGUUUGCAGGGUAUGGACCGAGGGGAGGAGGGCCGGGCGGAGUUGCCGUUGGAUGCUGGAUUCGCUGAAGGAUGGCGAUGCGAAGGCGGUGGUGCUGCGCGGGACGCUGGCGCGGAGGGAUGGGUGGAUGGACAUUGGUGCUGGGGGUUGGGGGUGGACGAGUGGGUUGUGCAAAAGCGUUUUGAAGCGUGGGUGUAGGUUAUGAAGAUGUGGAGGAGGUGUGGUACUGAUGUUGUGGAUACC